AUGUUACGAGAUCGCAACGUUUGCGGUAUCCGGGACGACGACGCACGGCGUUCUUUGUUGACGCGAGCUACGCUGACCUUGAAAGAGGCCGAGGACUUCGCCAGGGCUUCCGAGAAGGCACAGGAAGACGUCAGUGACAUGCAGGAGACUGGCGUGGGCAACGGCAGUGGUACCAUGAACGCCCUGCUGCGACUACGACGACGUGAGUCCCGGGCGCCGAGUAGCAACCUAGAAAGCAGUCGUCCACUGUGCGAACGUUGCGACGGGCCGCAUUAUUCCAACGUGUGCCGCCAUCGAAACACCAAGUGCCGUAUGUGCGGGAGGAAAGGUCAUCUGGGCAGGGUAUGCCGCAGGAGUCGUUCCCGGACGUCAGGUGCAUAUGUCGUGGAAGAAGAUGAAAGUGAGAGCGAAGAAUUUACGCUUGCCUUGGUGGCACACAGUGCGACCGACAGGGACGUCUCGCGGCCUCUCGAGAAGGUUUUGACGUGGGGAGGGCAGGAACUGAGCAUGAUAAUCGACACGGGCUCGCCGGACAGCGGCCUGAAGCUGAAUAAAACAAAAUGCAGAUUCCGAGAAAAACAAGUGACAUUUCUGGGCCACCGCAUCGACGAAAAAGGCCUGCAUCCUUUGCAAGACAAUCUCGGCGCCAUACUAGGUGCACCGUCGCCAACUUCGUGUAUGCCACUACCUGCAGCUCAGGUUCCUUCAAGUUGGCCUGAAACUGACAAGCGCUGGUCUCGGCUGCAUGUCGACUUUGCUGGUUCUGUGGAAGGUCACAUGAUCCUUGUGCUGGUGGACGCAGUUGUGGAAGAUCCGUUGCGUCAAAAUGAUGUUCCGGAAAAAGAACUCGACACAGGUGGCCAGCUGCUCGUCAAGCUCCGGGCAAUCAGCGGAGACCAAAAUGGACAGCCCACUCAAUGA